AUGAAGCUCGUUAUCUCUUUAUUUCUUCUUGCCGAACUUAUCGGUUUAACCCUUGCCCAGGCAAAAGUUCAGAACGCCAACAUCGAACCCGAACUUGUCGUCCCAAACAGUUAUAUUAUUAAAUAUAAAUCGAAGGCUUCCUCUAGCAGUAAGAAGAAGCAUGAAAAAGCCAUUCACAAAAAGGCUAAAAGCAAGGGAAAAGAGGGCAUUGUGGAUAAUAUCGACCUCGAUGGUUUCAAAGGCUAUGUCGCCGAGAUUCCCUCCUCGGAACUUCAGGAAGUCAUUGACUCUGACCUGGUCGAUUACAUUGAGCAGGAUACCAUUGUGAACGUCUCUGCUGUUGCAGCCCCUAGCUUAGGCCCGAUCACGAAACGUGGAUAUACCAGCCAGACAUCUGCUCCCUGGGGUCUUGCCCGUAUCUCACAGGUCUAUUCUGAAAAAGGUGUAGACGCUCGCUACUCUUACGAUGCAACGGCUGGUGCUGGUUCAACUGUUUAUGUCCUCGAUUCGGGUAUUCGAACUACGCAUAAGGAGUUUGAGGGCCGUGCCUUUUGGGGAGCUAAUUUCAUCAGCGGCUCUCCUGAUACAGACGAGUACGGCCACGGGACACAUGUUGCUGGUACUGUCGGUGGCAAGACCUACGGCGUAGCUAAAGGCUGCAGGAUUUAUGCUGUCAAGGUGAUUGAUAAGAAUGGCAGUGGCACUAUGUCCAAUAUCCUUCAGGGCCUACAGUGGGCUGUCAAUCACGCCAAGUCCCGUGGCAUCACCAAGACGAGCAUUAUCAAUGCAUCUCUUGGCGGCCCCUAUACCAAGAUUGGCAAUGCUGCUGUCAAAGCUGCCACUGAUCUCGGGAUUACUAUCGUUGUUUCAGCUGGCAAUGAUGGGGCUGAUGCUGCCGACUACUCACCUGCUUCUGCUCCAUCGGCCAUCACUGUUGCCGCUAUUGAUUCUGCUAGUUAUCGCACUUUAUGGUCAAACUAUGGCAGCGUGGUAGAUAUCUUUGCGCCUGGUAGUGAUAUACUCAGCGCGGGGCAUCUAAGCGACUCUAGCAGUGUAUACAAGUCAGGCACAAGUAUGGCUGCGCCGCAUGUUGCUGGUCUUGCGGCGUAUUUCAUGGCAAAGGAGGGACUUCGGGGCUCUGUUGCUGUUACUAAGCGUAUCAUCGCCGCUGCUGAUACCACUGCUGUUGGAUACGCUGUAGAUAGUCCUCAACGUGUCGCUUAUAAUGGUGGUGGCAAAUAG